GCGGAGUUGGGUUGGACAUCAGGUCCUUGCCCGAAGAAAGCGAGAAGGAAUGAGUGCAGCCGACCUGGAGGCGGAGAUGCGGUGGACAGACAGUGUUGGCAAAACAAGUGGAACAAACAGUUGUGAGUUGAAGGAAGAGAAAAAGAGGACGCGAGAAGAAACGCACGCCAGGCUGAUAGAGGCGGCCCAGGCAGUGGCGCAGGAGGAAGCGAGAUGGUUCUUGCACAUGGCAGGAGCGGGCUCUUCCUUGGACGGCCCGUAUUACCGCUCCGAGGAGAUGGAACAGAAUGCGCGCCCAGUGUAUCGACAUGCAUUCCCUGGGGCCAAGAUCUACUAUGAAGCAGGGCAGUGGAAAGCGAAGCACGAAGCCGCAAUGGCCGAGGCGGAGGAGGAUGAUGGGCCGUGGCCACCGGAAGGAUCCUGGAAAGGGAAUGCAGUUCUUUCCAGGAUCUCCACUGGGGAGAAAGAACGAGCACUUUUGCAGGAGGCACGUUCGAGCAUUGGGGAUUCGGAGAUCAACAUCGUACUUGCAAGUCAAAAAGCUGAGGCAGAAGUGACCUCGCAAGUGCUGCGGACCUUGGAGGCGGAUGUAAGAAGGGCUGCAGGCCUGCUGCAACAGGCGCAGCAAGAAGAGGUUGCAAAGCAACAGAAGGCGGAGGAAGCCGUGAGGCAAGAGUGCCAGCGGCUCCUGGCAGAGGUGUUGGUUCAUCAGCCUGGGCCAGCACCGGUUCGCCAGUGGGCGCCGGGAGUCGUCGUGACCACCUUCCUCGCCAAAGAGGAGUACGAACGCCCAGAUCACCCCCUCCGUGCGUCGGCACCUAAGAUCAUGACAAGAGGAAAGACCAGAGGCAGAUUUCAAGCACUCGCGAG